ACCCGUCGCCGAAGAGUAACCACUUCAGGCAACGGGUUCACGAUCACUUUCGACUCGAGGCUCCGAGGCGGUAGGAUCAAUUAUGCUUUUGACCGUUCUGAUGUGCAGCUCGCUCCUUCCGCUUCCCUCGAGCGCCACGGGGUCCUCCUUCAACGCGCUUGCAUGUACCCCACUGCCCGGCUUGCAACUGCCCGCGGAGCUGCUGCCACAUAAAGGAUGCAUGGCGAAGUCCAUCUCGGGGAGCAGGGCUUCGGAUCCGAAAGACACUGUUUUCCUAUUCAAGUUAGGUUGGCAGCGUUGCGAGCACAUUGCGGUGGGUACGCCUCAUCUGCUGCGAAUAACGAGUACGCUUUCGCGGCAAUUCGACAUGUUCUGAAUCGUGUCGGCACCCAUUACGCGAGUGUACGCAGGGUCCCUGACGUCGCAACACACAACGCAGAACAAUCUAGUUACGUAUUGGUUCUUCGCAGCAGGGCG